AAUAUCCUGGAGGAGUAUAGGUCUGGAGAGGCCUUCAGCACAGACGACUACUUCAAGGAGAACGGGGAGAUAGUUGGGAUCCAGGAGGAACUCCUGGACCAAGCUCAUGACUGGAACCGCAAAAGAGGUAGGUCUAGGACUGACUGAUUUAUCGAUUUAAUUUAUUGAUCGAUUAAUUAAUUCAUUUAUUGAAUUAGAUGUGAAGAGUUUAUUUCCAAAACGCUAUAUCCACCAAAUUCUCACAUUUGUGUUUUUUCAUCAGAAAUGAAUGCUUGGGCACCUUCAUGUAUGUGUCAAAUAUUACUGUCCUCCGAGUUUUUAUUCAUAGCUUUUAGAUUCAAACUGGUUGUGUUGCAAACACUAUGUAUCCAUUGUUUAGCUGGAAUGGAAUGUUGGUUUGCUGUAUAUUUAACAUACACUCUUAGGGUUCCAAAAGGGUUCUUUGUGGAGGGAUAGGGUUCUACCGAGAACCGUUUUGAUCAGAAGAACACUUUUUGGAAGACAAGGGUUCUUAGUAAGGCAAAGGGUUCUAUCUAGAACCUUUAACAUCCUUAUAACCAUUUUUGUAAGGAAGGGUUCUUUGAUGAUUCUUUGGAAGGCAAGAAGGAUUCUUUGGAAGGCAAGAAGGGUUCUACAUAGAACUAUAACUAUAUAUCAUAUUUCCCAGCAUGCUCUAUUGCAGGGAGAUUUUCAUAAUUGUUUGUUUAACUGUAAUAUCUGUGUUUUUGCAUGUACAUUGAUUAGUUGAUUAAUUUUAUGCUACACAAAAAAAUAUAAAUAACAUACAGUUUCAUAGAGGGUUCUAGGUACAACAAUAAACAGGGGGUUCUUUGAAGAACCCUACAUAGAGAGUUCUAGAUAGAACCCUCUGCAAAGGGUUCUACCCAGCACCAAAAAGGGUUCCCCUUAUGGGGACAAACCGAAGAACCCUGUAUGGUUCUACUUAGCACCUUUUUUUCUUAGAGUGUAUAAAUUCAACUCAUCAUAAAUCUAGCCUUGUGCUAUAGCGAUUGUUUGUCUCUGACAUGACACCAUCUAGUGGUAGGUUUCAAACUAAUACAUGUCAUUUAUCAACCCCAUGCCAUGACUAGAUGGAGAAAAAAAACACACCAAUCUCUUUCAUAAGCUAAUUUACCAACAUUUCUGAAAAUGGAUAUAUAGCGUUUUGGAAUGAAACUCUUCAUGUUUUAUUAAUGGUGUGAUUGGUUGAUUAAUUGGUGACUUUGAUCAUUUAUUAAUUGUGUCAUUUAUUAAUUGAUUGGUUGAACCCAUUGAUUAAGGAUGAUUUAAGGGUUAUGGUUAUGAGUUGCUCCCUGCAGUUCUUGAAGCCAUCAGAAGUAAAGUCCAUCCGAUCGUGAUUGACAACACCAAUCUGGGUAAAUGGGAGAUGUGGCCUUAUGUCCGAAUGGUAAGGACUACUUUUAGCCUGCGUGUGUGUGUGUGUGUAUGUGAACAUGUUGUUAUGACAAUACUGUGUUUAUAACACUAUGUUUCAUUCAGGCGUUUCGCCGUGGGUACUGGAUCGAGUUUGAGGACCUCCCUGUCAUUCCAUUAGAGAUUCUCUUCAGGUACUGGUGCACCCGAGAUCAGAGAAACCAAAGCAGAGUUGUGCCUGCAUCAUCUGACAUGUACAGCUACUACACACACACACACACACACACACACACACACACACACACACACACACACACACACACACACACACACACACACACACACACACACACACACACACACACACACACACACACACUAGUCCUUACCAUUCUGACCUACACAGAGACCUGGUUGUUGAAGUGCUAUCUGUCUAUACACACACACACACACACACACACACACACACACACACACACACACACAGACAACACUCACACACAGAUGGUACACAAACAUGCAUAGUGGUUGACAUGUUGUUUGCCUCCCUCCCUCUCAGCCAUUGUAAGGAGACGAUCCCCAUGAAGGAGUUAGAGAGGAUGAAGAAAGGUUAUGAGCCUGUGAACAAAAUGUGGCACGUCCUCCAUGACAAGAAAUCCAGACGGGAGUGGAUGUCCAGCUCAGAGAGACUGCAGAACCAC